GUACACCUAUCACCUACCAGCUCCUCUCGUCUUCCAACAGGAUGCAAAACUUCUCCGGAGAGUAAUGAGGGAAGCAGCUCCUCACUGUAGUCAGAUCUUACUGCCACACCCUUUACGCCUGUUGACUAGGUGGGUUAGUUAGACACUAGUGCGACUCUCCUCAGCCUGUUGACUAUUAGGUCUAGGUAAGUUAGGCAGGACAGAGUGAGACCAUGGCCAACUCAGCUCUGGAGAUCAUUGGCUUGUUGCUGUCUCUCAUCGGUCUGAUCGGGACCGCAGCCAGUACGGGGAUGCCCAUGUGGCGCGUGACGGCCUUCAUCGGCGAGAACAUCAUCGUCUUCGAGACGCGCUACGAGGGUCUGUGGAUGAAUUGCUUUAGACAGGCCAACAUCAGGAUGCAGUGUAAAGUGUACGACUCCCUCCUGGCUCUGCCUCCAGACCUGCAGGCGGCCAGGGGUCUGAUGUGCUGUGCCUUGGCUCUGGGAGGGGUGGGGCUGCUCAUCUCUAUCCUGGGCUUACAGUGCACGGCCUGCAUCCGGGACAACGACCGGGCCAAACGCACGGUGCUCAUCGUCGCUGGCAGCAUGAUCCUCGGGGCCUGCGUCUGCGUCGUCAUCCCAGUCUCCUGGACGGGUCACACUAUAAUCCGUGACUUCUACAACCCUCUGCUGAUCGACGCCCAGCGCAGGGAGCUGGGAGAGGCUCUCUACAUCGGAUGGGUCUCCUCUGCCUUCCUCUUCGCCGGCGGCUGCAUGUUCUGCUGCUGUAACGUCAAAGAGGAUAAAAGGCAAGACAAGUACAUGUACUCCAGGAACAGCCCUAGUCAAUACAUGUCUUACGCCCCUCAACCACAGUACCAGCCCCAGUACCAGCCACAGUACCAGCCCCAGCCUCUACAGAGGCAGCCGUCCAGUAGCAGCUACCCCGGGUCCAACCACUACCCCUCCAGGUACCCCUCGGAACGCAGUGCUGUGGCUUACCUCUGAGUGUUGUGACUAAAGGGGAAGGAAAGGGACUUAGUGUUUUCUACCGACAUGGAGGAACCGAUAUGUUCUUACGAGUACGUUUUGAAAAGAAACCUUUCGGUUGUGUUAAAAGAUGAAUAUCAGCAUAAAGUAAGAGACUAAAAUGAUUGUAAUACACUGUGAAACUCACAAAAAGAGGAUUAAUUGUAAAAUUAUCAUAACAUGCAUUUCAGUUGAGGAAAGAAAACAUGUCUAUCGGAUUUGUUUGUCAGAAAGCUGUUUAAAGAUACUAAAUACACUUAUAAUAGGUUAACUGGUUAACUGGUUAACUGGUUAACUCAAAAAGAGAAGACUUUGAGGGAACCUUAAAUCCUAUUUUUUUUUUUAUAUAAAUAAUUUUUAUUAUCCUUUGUUUUCAUAUUUGUAUUUACUUUGUAUUGGUGUGGUGUAUAAGGACAAUUUUUUUUUUUUUAGUGACGUCCCUAAAGAUUAUUAGUGUAAAUAUAUUUACAAAUUGUGUUGCUGUGGUUGUGUGCUUUGUGUAGUAAAUGUAGGUUUCUUACACAUAAUCACCCUGUAGUUACACCAGGUGUUACAUAAAAUGUAGCUUUUAUCAUGUAAAAAAGCAAUUGUCAAAUAAUGUGUCCCAAAGGGAACUCUAUUCCCUAAUUAGUGCACUACUUUUGACCAGGGCCAAAAGGGAAUAGGGUUCUGAUCAAAAGUAGUACAGUAUAUAGGUUUGCCAUUAGGGAUGCAGCCCAUUAUCAUUCAUUUUAUUAUUUCAUUCCUAAAGUAUCUGAUUAGACAAAAUCAUCUCCUAAUGGCAGAAAUGCAGCUGACUGUGUGCUGUAAAGUGACAUUUCUGCUCAUGUGUUUUGGAGAACAGCAGCACAGGGCUGGCUUUGAUCCACUGGUUCCCCCCCCCCCCCCCCCCUUGACAACGGUCCCCCUUGGCAAAGGUCCCCCUUGACAACAUCAACAAACUACAAGACAGUCCUGGUUGUGUUAAAACGCCUGUGUUGUUACUGCCAUUUUGUAAUGUUUGGGAGUAGACAAACAAGGACAGUAUCGUUUUGUAAUAUUAUCCCCUGGGGCAUCCUAUUCUCUACACAUAGUACACUACUUUUGUCUAGGGUCCUGGUCAAAAGUAGUGCACUAUGUAGGGAAUAGGGUGCAAUUUACAGGGAAUAGGGUACCAUUUGGGACACAUCCUCUCUGUGUUGACAGCUUGAUGGUAAGGACUAAUGGAAAUAAAUACAAGGCUGGUUGUUGAAGGUGUGGACCCAGAAGCAGUAGGGUAGAACAGAGGACUUCUGUCAAAGCAAACAGAGCAUAACGGACUAAGAACCGGGGCUGGGUUCAAUCCCUAGCUCAGCGUUGUAGCGUGAUUUGCAUAUGUUAAUAAAAGUGAUUUAAUUUCAAAUGAAUAAAAAAAAAAAACAACGUUAUUCGUUUCAGUUAAGUUGAGAUAAAUCUUUCAGCCUCUGGAAUACGAACAAACUUUUUCUGAAUUACUCAUUGACAUUUCAUUAUCUGGUGCAAGCUAAUGUAUAUGAAAGGGAAAACCUUCAGAAGCAAUGUAAAGACUUUGAUUGACACGUUACCGAUUAAACGAAACAUUGAUAACC